AUGAUUCUCCCACCGGAGCAAGACGAGCCCGGGUUUGCUGUUGCAUCUGCUCUCAGCCGAGGCCUGCAAGUACCAUCCAGAUCUGGCGCCUGUACAUCAGGAUUCGAGUAUCCCGAUGAACUAUCUCAUUAUGGCAUUUCGGAAAGCCACUGGGCAGAGUUCACACAAGUAGUCUGCGACGAAGCCAAGCUUUCUCGUCAGCAGUGGACCACCGUGCUUGGCAGAGGCUUGGGUACAAUGGCAGUCGGCGGGCUGAUGGUUGGGAUUCUGGGCGCUAUCCCCGCGAUCUUCGUUGCCCGUCUCACAAGAAAUCGACAAGAACAACGGAAUCUAAUUUCGGCAAUGGCUGGAGCUCGCGGUGAACGUCUUGCUCAACAUAUCUCGCAAUGGAACGAGUCUGUCUUUCGGCCUAGGGGUAUUUUGAUUCGGGUCGAUUUGCCAGACGAAUACUUGAAUGAUAUGGAAGAUAUGGAUAUUCGAACAAGUGGUGGAUCGACACGGUCUAUUAGGAAGUCUCGGGAUAAGGCUGCGCUCAAGGCGAGAAUUGUCAUCAUCCCUCUGGAUGGGAUGUCAACUGGUCAUUCCUCAUGUUGGGAAAAUCGUGGGUAA